CCGAGUCUCACAGAUGUUUGCAAUUCAGCCCACACGUUCUGCAUCCUCUCCUUCAUUCAUACCUCGCCAGCACAUCUUGUAUAUACGUUUCCCCCAAAUAUGUCACUCGUUGCAGCGGCCACCUCUGCUGGGAGGCCGUACCGUGACUCCACACCCAGCCAGCUGUGAUGUAGAAUGCCGUACGCUGAGCGGGCAGCCAGGUCCAAGAAAAACCAGGAUUAUUUUUAGUGGCCAAUGAAAGCAGCUGCCUGAGCCAACAAGACACAGAGAGUGAGGACAGAGCAAGCUUUCAGCCUGUGGCACGGGAACACCCAUCGCCAUCCUAAACUCCAGGCACUUGGGAAAUAUAGAUAUAUAGAUUUUUUUAUACUCUACUAGCUAAGAGCAUGGAGCCACACAGUCCUCUCCUUAUCCUGCUCGCUCUCCUCCACGGACAAGGUUUUGUUACAUCCUUCAACAUUGACGCAAAGAGGCCGAAGGUCUUUCGCGGCCCUGAACAUGCCCAGUUUGGCUAUAAGGUUCUGCAGCAUGAAGCGGACGGUCAGAAAUGGAUGCUGGUGGGAGCGCCGUGGGAUGGGACCAAUGGUAACCGACAGGGAGAUGUCUAUAAGUGCACCCUGGCGGCCCAGAGCAAUUCCUCCUGCACUAAGGUCCACCUGGGAGAACUUGCUUUCCGGAACGUCUCCAAGGAAAUGGAUAAUAUGCACUUCGGGAUGGCGCUGGCCCGGGAUGCCCAAGGCGGAUUUGUGGCCUGCGCCCCGCUCUGGUCCCAGGAAUGUGGCUCCUCUAUGUAUAGCACUGGAAUCUGUGCCAGCGUUGAUCAAUCGUUCAAGCCUACUGGGACCAUAGCGCCCACAGCACAGAGGUGCUCCACAUACAUGGACAUUGUCAUCCUGCUGGAUGGGUCAAACAGCAUCUACCCCUGGUACGAAGUCCAGAACUUCCUCAGCAACAUUCUCAGCAAGUUUUUCAUCGGACCAGACCAGAUCCAGGUAGGGGUUCUACAGUAUGCAGAGAUUGCAGUCCACGAGUGGUCUUUGAAGGAUUAUGCCACCUACCGGGAGGUGGAGGAAGCUGCCAAGAACAUCAGUCGUCAAGAAGGGCGAGAGACCAGGACAGCAUUUGCUAUACACAAGGCCUGCUCCGAAGCAUUCAGCCCGGAAAGAGGCGGAAGGGAAGGGGCCUCUCGGCUCCUCAUCGUGGUGACAGACGGAGAGUCGCACGACGGAGACGAGCUGCCACUGGCCAUGGCGGAGUGUGAGAAACGGGACAUCACCCGCUACGCCAUUGCGGUCCUUGGGCACUAUAUGAGGAGGCAGCAGGACCCAGGGUCCUUCAUCAAGGAGAUUAAGUACAUUGCCAGCGACCCAGAUGAGAAGUACUUCUUCAAUGUGACCGACGAAGCAGCCCUUAACGAUAUCGUGGAUGCUUUAGGAGACAGGAUCUUCAGUUUAGAAGGGACACACGGGAUGAAUGAAAGCUCCUUUGAACUAGAGAUGUCACAAAUUGGAUUAUCCAUGCAUGUGUUAGAGGAUGGAAUCCUGUUUGGCGCAGUAGGGGCGUAUGACUGGGACGGAGCGGUACUGAAAGAGUCUGGGCACAGCCGGAUAAUGCCCCCGCGGGCCGCCUUCGAGAAGGAGUUUCCCGUCAAGAUGAAGAACCACGCUGCUUACCUGGGUUACACAGUGUCCUCCAUCACGUUACGCAGUGGAAAGGAGUUAUACGUGUCCGGAGCCCCUAGAUUCAAACACAAGGGGAAGGUCAUUCUGUUUGAGAUGUCCAGGAAUGGAGAUGUCUCCAUCUCUCAGGCGCUGGUGGGGGAACAGAUCGGUUCUUAUUUUGGGAGCGAAGUGUGCCCAGUGGAUGUUAAUGGAGAUGGGGUCACUGACAUCUUGCUGGUGGCCGCCCCUAUGUUCCUCGGACAUCAUCACAAAGAGACAGGUCGAGUGUACAUCUACCGCGUGGGCCAUCUACAUCUGACGCUGAACGGCACGCUGCACACAGACCGCAAAGCGCAGGAUUCCCGAUUUGGCUACGCCAUGGCAAACGCUCCAGAUCUGAACCACGAUGGUUUAACCGAUGUAGUGGUGGGUGCUCCACUAGAGGACAACCACCGGGGGGCAGUGUAUAUCUACCACGGGUAUCGCAAUACCCUAUUGCCAUCUUACAAACAGAGAAUAGACUCCGCCUCCUUCCACCAUCCACUCACUUACUUUGGCCGCAGUGUAAGUGCCCAGAUGGACCUAGAUGGAGAUGAGCUGGUGGACCUGACGGUGGGGAGUCAAGGAGCAGUUGUUAUGCUGAGGUCCCGGAAUAUCGUUCGAGUCAACGCGACCUUGCAGGUAACCCCCACCACCAUUAACAUGCUCCAGAAGAACUGUCAGCGACAGGGCAAGGAAUCCGUCUGCCUGAACAUCACGCUCUGCUUUUCCGUCAACUCCAAAUCACCGGGCAAAUGGGACGGCCGUUUCGGUCUUUACUACAACCUCUCCCUGGAUGAUCGGAAGGUCACCCCCCGGGCGGUGUUUGAUGAGAACUUUCAGAAGCUUCUCAAUAAGAGAAUUCGAGUGACCAUGGGGAAAGUGUCCUGUAUGAACCUCGGCUUCCACGUUAUCGAUACUGUUGACUAUCUGCGACCGAUCGGAGUUCAUCUGCGCUUUAACCUGAGUGACACAGAGUCCAGCCCCAUACUGGAUGACCGAUGUCCGUCAUCUGUGAAAAAGCUGGUUGCUUUCUUUAAGGACUGUGGUGAAGAUAACGAGUGCAUCACAGACUUGUCCCUCCAGGCUUGGAUGGACAUCUCCGGUACACGGGAUAAACCGUACAUAAUACGGAGAGAGCGGAAGAAGCUGAUGGUGGAAGUGGAGCUGGAGAACCGGAAAGAAAACGCCUAUAACGCCAGCCUGAAAGUUUGGUUCUCCAGAAACCUUCUCUUCUCUAGUGUCUCUGGAAAGGGAGAAGCUCAGAGUAAGGUGGAGUGCACAGUGCUGUCCCCUAACACCAGAUCCUGCAGUGUGAGCUACCCCGUGUUCCGGUCCAUGACAAAGGUGGCCUUUGUCUUGGAGUUCGAGUACAGCUGCUCCACACUCGUGAACCGAGUGCAGAUCAAACUCGUAGCGAGCAGUGAGAAUAUGGAGAUGAACCACACUCUGCACGACAACACGGUCCAGCUGGUCGCCAAUGUCCGCUACGAUCCAGAACUGUUCAUACAAAGUGAGUCCAGCCUGAACCGGUACGAAGUACAGCCAAUCCUGCUGUCUACCCAAGAGCCUGGCCCAGAAUUUAUAACAAAGUUCAAGAUCCAAUAUGCCGAAUGUUACCCCAUUUACAACGUCUCUGUGCAAAUCUACGUCCCGGCAAUGGCUUAUGGGAAUGCGUACUUCAUGUCGGUCUCCAGAAUACUGGCGAACAAUGUUACCUGUGUAUUGUCCAAUAUGACCCGACCGAGAGCUGCUCCGCUGCCGUUUCACCCAGAGGACCUCCUGCACACAAACAUUUUGAACUGCAGUAACAGCUGGUGUGAGACCAUCACCUGCCGGAUCGCAGUACUGCACAGGAACACCGACCUGUCUCUCUCCAUCCUCCGCAUCAUCCACAACCAUUUCUUUACUAAGGCAAAGUUCCGGUCCGUCAGGCUGGUCACUGAGUUUGUCCUUGAUGUAAAGGAGGACGGAGCCCUGUUCACUGACAGCGCGAGGCACAGGACAGAGAGUGUCCUGGAAUUAAUGCACCCCGUCCUCCUCCCACUCUCCCUAUGGAUCCUCAUUGGCAGUGUUAUCGGGGGUCUUCUGCUGCUCGCUCUGAUCAUAUUCAUCCUAUGGAAACUGGGAUUCUUCACAAGGAAGAUCCAGAGUGAUGAAAAGGAAGAGGCCGCCAAAGAAGAAGACCAGUGACUUCCACUGAGAUCUCCGGCAGAUCCCAGUCAGUGAGAGACCAAUCCAUGCUGUGCCAGGCUCUGGGUGACUGGGAAACAGGGGUCAAUGUUUAUGGUUCUGGGGAGUUUUGCUAAUCAACGGACCUCAAGCAAUUACCGCUCAGGAGAACCAAUAUAUAACCCCCAGGGUCCUCCAGGACUGGCCGUGAAUACACCGAGGACUUGUCAGUGAAGCACGCCCCUGAGGGCCACACACUCUGAGCUGCGGCACAAAGGACCUUACAGGAGGGCCAGGCGUCACUGUACAGUACAUUACACAAACUGUGACCGGACUCACUAAGGAGUAGUCUGUAAUGAAGCAUCACUCUGCUGCCGGGAAAGGAGACUGAGACUAGCGCAAUGCUCUGCAGGACUGAGGGACACUGGAUUGUAGGGCGCAGAGCCCCGUACAGCAGACACUGAAAGAAAUAUGGUUUGUUGUUGUUGCCAUAUGGUUGUUUAAAGUUCCAAACAUGACCCAAUGCUGUUAUACCUGAUAAAUUGUUGUCAUUCCACUUAAUAAAGAUGUUUUACACCC